UGGGAAAGUGCGUGCGGAGAGGGAGGCUCGGCAGCGGCGGGGAGCUGAGCGAGCUGCGGGGCUGGGGCAGCCCCGGCGGCAGCCCCGGCAGCGCCGCACGGGAGGAGGCGGAGGAGGAGGAGGAGAGUAGGAGGAGCUGCCGUGUGACCCGCACGGCUCCCAAACUUCAAAGUUUAUCCGCCCGAAAUCGAGAGCGGCCGCGGUGCGCGCACCGCUCCUCGGCACGGAGCGCAGGCAUCGAGCGGGGGAGCCGCCGCGCGGGGACGAGGCUGCGGUGGCCGCUGCGAGCGAGGCGAGGAAGGGGAGGGGGGAUCGCCCUCGCGACAACAACAGCCACCCCCCACCCCCCAAAUCUGGGAGAGGAUCGAUACUAUUCGCUGGAGACCGAGGACUUGCUCGUCGGCGCACACGCGAGACCGCUGUCAUCAGCUAGCAGGACACACAACUGAGCUGGGGAGGGGGGGUGAGGAGUGUCACAAAAAGUCAUUACAACCUGAGAGAGAGGGGGAGAAAGAAAAAAAAAAACUUCCUACCAAUGGACAACAGGAAGUGACCACCACCACCAACGGGGAGUCUCUGCUUGGAGAAAGAAGCUGCAAGACAAAGAAGAAGGAAGGAGAGGUGAAAGACAAAACUGCCCAAGGUCUUCUGUGUGUGUGUGUGCGUGCGUGCGCUUGCGAGAGGAGAGAACAAAAGUCAGCCGGGAAGGGGAGACGGAGAAACAGAGACGGAAAAGGAGACAGGAUGGAAGAGCUAAAGGCGAGCAUGUGAAGAUUAAGAGAAAAGAAGAGCAGAGCAGCACACACGCACACCGAGAAGAAAGCGGAAAGGAAAGAAGCACACACAAAAGUUUCUUUUCCUCCUGCAAAGAAAUUACUCACACGUACACAGAAAUCAGAUGCUUUGCAGAUCAACUUCUGGGGAAAGAGAGACCAGGAGGAGACGAGGACGCAGAGUGAUGUGAAGAAGGAAAAAAAAAAAAAAAAAAAAAAAAAGCGAAGAGAGCAGAAGAAAGCGGAGCAAAAGAAACUGAGAGCCGGGGGGAAGAAAGAAAGACAGAAAGGCGAAGAUCGUGACCUCUCCCAACAAGUGAACCUUGCACAUAUGUUGUGUAAAGUGUGUGCAAAACAGAGCCCUCCUGCGUGGUGCGUGUGUGUUUCUCUGCCGCCGCCGCUGCUGCCGCCGCCGCCGCCGCCGCGGUCGGUGCCUCUCGCAGGCGGCGCUGCCGGUGCCGGGGAGCCGCAUCAUUUGGCGGAGCGAAGCGGCUAAUUGCGGAGCCCCGUCCUUCAUUUACAUAUGCAGCCUGAGCCCGCUGGAGCCGCGCCAAUCCGCGCUCGCCCCCAGCACCAUUAAUCGCCAUGCAUUAUUCACCACCGUAAUUAUCGAGCCCCAUGCGCGCUCCGCGCAGCCGCCCCAGCCCGCCGCGCACGCAGCACCGCACCGCGCACACCCCGCCCGGCUGAGCCCCCGCUCGCUCACCCGCUCACUCACUCUCAGUUUGGUUGGUUAGCCUUGCUUUUUUUUUUUUUUUUUCCUCCUUUUCCUUGGGGUUGGUUGCCUUUUCUGUUGUUGUUUGGUUGGUUUGUUCUGCAACUCGACUUUUAUUUGCGAACAGUUAUUUCCAGCCCCCACCUCUUCCCCCCCCCCGCCCUUCCCUCGUUCCCAAUUCCUCCCCCCUUUCCACCUCCACGUCGCUGAUGCCUCUGCAAAAAGCAGAGUCAAGACGGCUCAGUUAGCAGCAUGUCUCGUCGAAAGCAAGCGAAACCCCAGCAUCUCAAAUCGGACGAAGAGCUGCAAGCGGAGGUAGUUUCUGAGCACGUGGUUGAAAAAGAAGCAGAAAAAAACCCCGAACUUCUGCCCGAGAGCGAAACAUGCCGAAAUGGUUGGGAAGGCUGUUCGUCUCCUCCAGGAGCUGCGGCCCGGCCGGCAGUCCCAGGGGAAGGUGCAGAUGACGGUGACAGUGGGAAUGAAAGCAGGAGUGGAAGUGAAGAAACCAACGUUUGUGAGAAAUGCUGUGCAGAGUUCUUCAAGUGGACAGACUUCUUAGAGCACAAGAAGAACUGCACUAAAAACCCCCUGGUGCUGAUUGUGAAUGAAGAUGAAGCAGCUCCACCCCCUGCAGAGGAAUUCCCUGAGCCCUCACCUGCUAGCUCUCCUAGUGACCAGGCAGAGAGUGAAGCUGCUGAAGAAGGCACCCAGACAGAAAACAAUGACAGCUCUGAGAUAAAAGGCACGGAAAAGGAAGAAGAGCCGAUGGAGGUAGAAACGUCUGUGGAGAAAAGUUUCCAGAAUCAAGGCACCUCAAACACAGCUACUCCUCUACCUCAGAUCCCUGAACCAUCAUCUAUGACAAGCUACACCAUGCCAAACACGAAUGUCACACUAGAGACUCUGCUGAGCACUAAAGUGGCGGUCGCACAGUUCUCACAGAGUGCACGGUCCACUGCUUCCGCCAGCAUAAGCAGCGGGGUGACAGCUGUGGCCAUCCCAAUGAUUCUGGAGCAGCUCAUGGCUCUGCAGCAGCAGCAGAUUCACCAGCUCCAGCUCAUCGAGCAGAUCCGUAGUCAGGUGGCAAUGAUGAACCGCCAGCCUCUACGUCCAUCCCUGAACCCUGUCAUCGCUGCCCAGGGUGCUCCAGGGCAGGCAUCGAACCAGCUGCAAGGGUUUGCCACAAGCGCUGCUAUUCAGCUGGCUGCAGUCAUUCCUCCUUCCAUCAUGGGACAGGCCACCAUUGGUCAGCCUGCUGCCUUUGAUGGUUCUCAGCACAUCUCAAGGCCUACAUCUGGAGCGAGUACGCCCAAUAUAUCCAGUAGUGGUUCUUCUGCCCCACCUGAAUCGAGUGUACCCUCCUCCUCUAAUGCAAUUACAUCUGUAACUCCUGUUUCCAUGUCAAAUGCUACUAACAGUGCUUCACAGCCCCAGAAUGCUUCAACUCCACCUUCAAUAGGACAUGGAAGCCUCACCUCAGUUUCUAACCUGCCAAACCCACUUCUACCUCAGACUUCAUCAAAUAGUGUGAUCUUCCCCAAUCCGCUAGUUAGCAUUGCUGCAACGGCUAAUGCACUAGAUCCUCUGUCUGCCCUUAUGAAGCACCGCAAAGGAAAACCACCAAAUGUGUCAGUGUUUGAGCCCAAGUCAAGCUCCGAGGACCCCUUUUUUAAACAUAAAUGCCGAUUUUGUGCCAAGGUCUUUGGAAGUGACAGUGCUUUACAAAUACACCUCCGCUCACAUACAGGGGAAAGACCUUUUAAAUGUAACAUAUGCGGAAACCGGUUUUCCACAAAGGGAAACCUGAAAGUACAUUUUCAGAGGCAUAAAGAGAAAUACCCUCAUAUCCAGAUGAACCCCUAUCCCGUUCCAGAAUACCUCGAUAACGUGCCCACUUGCUCUGGAAUCCCAUAUGGGAUGUCACUGCCCCCUGAAAAGCCGGUCACAACAUGGUUAGACAGCAAACCUGUUUUACCAACCAUACCAACUUCCAUUGGGCUCCAGCUGCCCCCUACUAUACACGGUGUGAACAGUUUUGGAGAUUCUCCGAGCAUUACUCCCAUGAGCCGGUCACCCCAGAGGCCUUCUCCUGCCUCCAGUGAAUGCACUUCUUUAUCCCCGAGCCUCAACACAUCUGAGUCAGGCAUUCCAGUGUCUGCUGAAUCCCCGCAGCCCAUUCAGAGUGGCUCAUGUCUGACUAAGGCAGAACCUGUCAGUCUGCCUCCCACGGGCACAAGGCUCGGGGAACUCUCUGUAGGUGGGCAAGUUUCCACAGCUUCCACUUCUUCAGUUCCUACUACUGUUACAGACAGCAGUGUUUCAACAAGCCUCCCAAACCCCGUGCUUCCAGCAAUGUCUGACCAGUUUAAGGCAAAAUUUCCAUUUGGUGGUCUGCUAGACUCUAUGCAAACAUCAGAAACCUCAAAACUGCAACAGCUGGUAGAGAACAUUGAUAAGAAGAUGACAGAUCCAAAUCAAUGUGUCAUUUGUCACCGUGUGCUUAGUUGUCAGAGUGCUCUCAAGAUGCAUUACAGAACGCAUACAGGAGAAAGACCAUUUAAAUGCAAAAUUUGUGGACGUGCCUUUACUACAAAAGGCAAUCUAAAAACACAUUUUGGAGUUCAUCGAGCGAAGCCCCCACUUAGAGUACAGCACUCAUGUCCCAUUUGUCAGAAGAAAUUUACAAAUGCAGUUGUUCUUCAGCAGCAUAUUCGUAUGCAUAUGGGUGGGCAAAUUCCAAACACGCCAUUACCAGAGGGCUUCCAGGAUGCCAUGGACUCAGAGCUUUCCUACGAUGAGAAGAACAUUGACACACUGAGCAACUUCGAUGAUGACAUUGAUGAAAAUUCUAUGGAAGAGGACCCAGAGCUAAAGGAUGCAGCAAGUGACUCAUCCAAACCCCUUAUCUCUUACUCUGGGUCAUGUCCUUCUUCACCGCCUUCUGUGAUCUCCAGUAUUGCUGCUUUGGAGAAUCAAAUGAAAAUGAUUGAUUCUGUCAUGAACUGUCAGCAGCUGACCAGUUUAAAAUCCAUAGAAAAUGGAUCAGGAGAAAGUGACCAUUUAAGCAAUGACUCCUCAUCGGCUGUUGGCGAUCUCGAAAGCCAGAGUGCAGGCAGCCCUGCAAUGUCAGAGUCUUCUUCCUCCAUGCAAGCUCUGUCUCCUGUAAAUAGCAAUAGUGAAAGUUUUAGAUCAAAGUCCCCAGGUCUCAGUAACCAGGAAGAACCACAAGAAAUACAAUUAAAGACAGAAAAACCAGACAGUCCACCACCAGCAACUGAAAAUGGAGGCGCACUAGAUCUGACAUCCACCAACCCAGGAAGACCGGUCAUCAAAGAGGAAGCUCCUUUUAGCCUGCUGUUCCUGAACAGAGAACGUGGUCCCAGCCAAAGUACUCCUAGCCUGGUCACCAGUACAGCGCCUACCAUGAUCAAAAUGGAAGUGAAUGGUCACAGCAAGCCGAUCUCUUUGGGUGAGGUUCCCUCGCUUCCAGCUGGAAUCCAGGUUCCUGCUGCACCACAGACAGUGAUGAGUCCGGGGAUCACCCCUAUGCUGGCACCCCCCCCUCGCCGGACUCCCAAGCAGCACAACUGUCAGUCUUGUGGGAAGACCUUCUCCUCAGCAAGUGCACUGCAGAUACACGAGCGCACCCAUACUGGUGAAAAACCGUUUGGUUGCACAAUCUGUGGUAGAGCUUUUACCACAAAGGGGAAUCUUAAGGUUCACAUGGGAACUCACAUGUGGAAUAAUGCCCCUGCACGCCGUGGCCGCCGCCUCUCCGUGGAAAACCCCAUGGCUUUGCUGGGUGGUGAUGCGCUGAAGUUCUCUGAGAUGUUCCAGAAAGAUUUGGCAGCUCGGGCCAUGAAUGUUGACCCCAAUUUUUGGAACCAAUAUGCUGCAGCUAUCACUAAUGGACUUGCUAUGAAGAACAAUGAGAUUUCUGUCAUACAGAACGGAGGCAUUCCUCAGCUCCCAGUAAGUCUAGGCGGAGGCGCCAUCCCGCCUCUAAGUAACCUUACCAGUGGCAUGGACAAAGCUCGCACAGGCAGCAGCCCUCCCAUUGUUGGUUUGGACAAAGCAAGUUCUGAAACUGGAGCCAGUCGUCCAUUCACCAGAUUUAUUGAGGAUAAUAAAGAGAUUGGCAUAAAUUAAAAGCAUUCAUUAUGAAUAACUGUUGGACCGCUACUCAACACAACACUUGUCCUUUUCCAUGUACAGCUUUUGAAGCUAAGCAUUAGUUUCCUGACCUAAACGCAUAGGUUCCCUUUAAAAUUUUACCCAUAGCAGAAAUACCUAACUUUGUGGCUGCUGAAAAGUUGUCUUGCAAGAUCUGCAUGGUACUUCUUUCAACAGUGAGUUUGACUGUUACUGAGAACUUUGAAACCUUUUAAUUUAACAGAAACAAACAAACAAAAAAAAAUCCUUGGAUAACUUCAUUAGAAACAGAAAGAGGCUAGUCUACGUCCACUUUGCUUCUUACAAAACUUAUUAUCAAGUGAGAAAGGGGGGCUUCACUAUGGCAUUCUGUCACACUUAUUUGCUGGUUUUGUUCAAAUUAGUUAGCAACAUGGACUAUGUUUUUAGGAACCUUAAUCUUAAAUAAGUGAUUUAGUACCCCAAUUCUGUGUAUUAUUACAGUAUCCUUGUCUGUAGUAUUUAUAAUGUUAAGAUUAUGCGGGUAACAGACAAUAUACUAGCCCCAAACUUAAAUGAAGCUUUUGUACUGCAAAAUACAUCUGGCUAUGUGAUUUAUUUUUAUUUUUAUUUUUUAAGCAAGUUUUGCUUUACUAUAAGUAAGUGGUUUAUUUCAAUGCAGGCAAAAUUGUGAAGUUUUAUUGGGAAAGAUAGCAUGCUUUUCAUGUGCAAGUACCUGUCAGUAACAAACUUUUUUUUUUUUUUUUUAAUUUAAGUAUUUGUAGCUGCUAUGUGGACAGUUGUUCUAUUAAAUGAAAAAAAAAAUGUAGUGUGGACUUUAGUUCAAUGAUCGGAAAACAAGUUACAGACAAACCUUAGCACCAUAAAUUAUUCACAACUUUAUAAGCAGUUGUGAUUAAUACUUCGUGUUAUCAAAGCUGUACAAUAAAAAGGUAAUGUUUGUAUAA